AUGAAGAACCAAUCUGCCACAACAGAGUUUAUACUGGUUGGUCUGACCAAUUCCCCCGAACUACAGACACUUCUGUUUUGGAUUUUUGCAUUCAUCUAUGCUACAGCAAUGGCGGCAAAUGUCCUCCUCAUCUUUACCAUAUGCACAUGUAAGAAACUCCACACUCCCAUGUACUUCCUGCUCCUUAAUUUGUCCUGUGUGAAUGUAUUUUUUAUAUCAGUUACAAUUCCCAGACUGCUUCAUUCUCUUUUGACACGCAGAAAAACCAUCACAUUUCAUGGAUGCAUCAUACAGGUGUUUCUUGUCGUUUGGGCUUUGGGGUCAGAACUUUUGCUUCUCUCAUUCAUGGCUUUUGACCGUUAUGCAGCUAUCUGCCAACCUUUGCAGUAUACAAUCAUCAUGAGGAAGGAAGUGUGUCUUCUUAUAGCAAGUGUGGUUUGGAUCGCUGGAAUGAUCGAUGCUGCAAUUCAUUCUGGAUUGAUGUUGAGGAUUUCUUUCUGCAGCUCCAACAUCAUCAAUCACUUCUUCUGUGAUGUACCCCCACUUUUAAAGCUUUCAUGCUCUGACACCAGUCUCAAUGAAAUUAUGGCUUUUGUGGCAGAUACGAUGUUUGGGGUUUGUGGCUGUGGGUUGACUCUAACAUCAUAUUUGUUCAUCCUGAGAGCCAUCUUCCGAAUCCGUUCCACUGAAGGGAAGAAGAAAGCUUUCUCCACAUGUUCCUCACAUCUCAUUGUAGUCACCUUUUACUUUUCUGCAGUUAUCUACACAUAUAUCAGGCCAUCUUCAGACUACUCUCUAGACAAAGACAAGCUUGUUUCACUCCUUUAUUCUGUGGUAACUCCAAUUGUUAAUCCAGUCAUAUAUUCCCUGAGAAAUAAAGAUUUUAAAGAAGCACUCAAGAGACUGAUUGGAAGUGGCAGACUGCUCCCAGGAACUUGA